AUGGAUAAAGAACAACUCAAGCUACACAUAUCAUCUAUUCAAUCUGAAAUUGAUAGAAUACAGGCACUUUUAUCAGAUUACAUAGGAGAUAUUAUUACAGUGGGUAAAGAUCGUAAUGUACAAUUCUAUAAAGAAGCAGUAUGGAAACUUGCUGAUAAUUUAACUGCUGCAUUUCAACUAACAACAAGCAACAAUGCAAAAGAAAUUCUUUCUCAAUUGCUUACUCAUACUACUCUCUCUGACAAUGAUCAAUUACUAUAUGAUAUUCUUUAUGAACUUCAAGAUAUUGAAUCAA